GCAAAAUCGCCGGAGGUGCUUCGAUUGCUCCAUCAAGCUCUCAAUCGGCGGGGAAAUCCGAUAACAAGAACGCACAGCAGUAGCGGCGGAAGACGAGAUGGAUCCAACGCAAUACUUUGAGAACAGGUUGAAAGCACUGACGGCUCAAAAGGAAGCCGGGGUGAACCCGUACCCUCACAAAUUCCAGGUCACCAUCUCUAUUCCGGAGUACGUUGAGAAAUAUCAGGGAUUGGAAAGCGGGGAGCACCGUGAUGACCAAGUCUCUAUAGCUGGUCGAAUUAUGACCAAACGUGCCUCUUCGUCCAAGCUGAUUUUCUAUGAUUUACAUGCCGAGGGUGCCAAAGUUCAAGUUAUGGCCAAUGCAAGGGAAUCUGAGUUAGGUGAGGAGGGGUUUAUUAAACUUCACUCUGCUGUGAAGCGUGGAGAUAUUGUUGGUGUUGUUGGAUCUUUAGGAAAGACGAAAAGGGGAGAGCUCAGUAUUUUUCCAAAAUCAUUUGUAUUUUAA